AUGGCCCAAAAGCUCAAUUUUCUCCGAGAGAGCUCUGUGACGUCCGUCAAUUCGGCCUCCCAAUUCCUUGCCGACAUUCGGGGAAAAACUAUUCAACCCGACCAAAUCAUGGUAUCCUUCGACGUUGUCUCACUUUUCACGUCCAUCCCGCCAGACUUGGCGCGCGACGUGCUACGCAAACGCCUCGAAGAAAAGUACGAUGAAACGACAGGGCCGCUAAAGAUCCAGCACCUAAUGCAGCUCUUUUCAUUCUGCCAACGAACUUUUUUCACCUUCGAAUGCAGAACAUACGAACAAAUCAAAGGAACACCCAUGGGUUCCCCCAUAUCCAGCCUAGUUGCGGAAUUGGUCCUACAAGAGCUGGAAAAGGUUGCUUUCAGCCAUUACAAACCUGCGUUUUGGCGCCGAUACGUGGAUGAUACAUUCGUUCUUAUUGAAAAGGACAAGCUAUCGGGUUUUCAAGACUUACUUAACAGCAUAUUCCCCGACAUUCAGUUUACAAGAGAAGACGAGGAGGACGAGAAACUACCCUUCCUGGACGUGCUCGUCACGCGUACACCUGACGGUGAACUCAACAGUACAGUGUACAGAAAGGCGACCAAUACAACCCAGGUCCUCAACUAUCAUAGCAACCACCCAUUGGUGCACAAACUGGGCUGUGUGAGGGCGCUGUUCGACCGGGUGAAAACGCACUGUAGCGAGCCCGAAGGAAGGAUGCAAGAACUACGGCAUCUUCGGGACCAAUUAACAAAGAACGGCUACCCAAAUAGUUUUAUCAGUCGCUGCAUACGCGCGCACUCACGCCGGACAAACGGAAGAGAGACACCAACAAUUUGGCACUCCCUACCAUACAUAAAGAAUGUGUCCGAGGCUACAGAACGCAUUGCGUCAGAGCUAGGCAUGGGCAUCGCUCAUCAUCCGGCGGCCACCAUGCGUAGCAGGAUCAUGAAAAUGAAGGAUCGGCUGGACGCAGGUGAACAGUCGGGCGUAGUCUAUCGAAUCCCGUGCCAAAACUGUCCUUGCCACUACACAGGCCAGACAGGACGACGUCUGAGCUUACGAAUACUUCAGCACAAACGGGCCGUUCGGAGAGGCGACCCACUGUCUCAAGUAGCCACUCACACGCUCGAGGAAGGGCAUGAGUUCGACUUCGUCAACACGCGGAUAUUGGCGCGAGCCGGCAACAAGACAGGGCGAGAGCUGUUGGAGGCGUGGGUGUCGGACACCAAAUCCAUCAACAGACACAUCGAGUUGCCUGCAUGUUAUCACGCGCUCCGCCCACGCGGCCAGGUGGCGCAGCUCACACCGUUGCGAAGUACAAACGGCGUCACCACGCCGGGGGAACAUCGUGGACCAGGCGGCACAAACCCUACCUAG